AUGUGGAAAGAACUAACUUUGAACGCCUCAAUAGACGACGGUAGAUACAGAGUAUGGGACUACCCAAUCAAAGAACAAUACGGCCACAUUCUUUUAGCAAUAAAUGAUUCCAAUCCCGUAGAAAAUGCAGCAGAAGGAUUUAGCAACGUAAAUGAGCAUUUAGAUGCUGAUUACGCUUUUAUACAUGAUUCUAGUGAAAUUAAAUAUGAGAUUAGCAAAAAUUGUAAUCUUACAGAAGUUGGUGAAGUGUUCGCUGAAAAACCUUAUGCUGUUGCUGUACAGCAAGGAAGUCAUCUUCAGGAUGAUAUUAGUAAAGUGAUUUUACUCCUUCAAAAAAGACGCUACUUUGAAUCAUUGCAAGAAAAGUAUUGGAAUCAUUCAGCGAAAGGGGACUGUCCAAGUACUGAUGAUAACGAAGGAAUUACUUUAGAAAGUUUAGGUGGAGUAUUCAUAGCAACAUUGUUCGGCCUCGCCCUAGCGAUGAUCACUUUGGCAGGAGAAGUAUUUUAUUAUAGACGAAAGCACAAAGAAAUGGAGAAACAAAAAUCGUUCACGCCACAACAAUCCAACAAGAUCGUACCGACUAUAUCAUCGUUUUAUCCGUCUGAAAUAAAACCCAUGAAGGUUGCCAUCAAUCCGGCCAAUUUCUCCUCCAAGAUCAAACCAGACGAGGCAUGGAAUACUUCUAAUCUUAUUUUGUUUCCCAAAGGAAGGAAUAGGGUUACAAAACUAAACUAGGACAUCAAGUUAUCUGACAAAAUAAGC